GAAGGGGCGCUAUGAAUUCUGUGCUGUUUCAAGAGCUGGGGGACUUACUUUAGCUCAUGUGAAUGUCACUGAGGUGUCUUCCUGCCUUAUAGAUAAGAAGUAGUGAGAGGCAAAGGCUCAUCACUUGUUGGGACUGAGAUAUUUGAAGUUUGGAUUUAAAGAGCUUUCAAGGACCUAACUGCUAUAGGUGGCUGCUAAUUAUAUGCGCCCUCGAAACUACACCAUGGAGGAUUAGAGUAGAUACUAUGAGUGUAACAAAUCAUAUGUAUCCUAUGCUUCCUAGACAGCUACAGCUGCCUAUCUGACCCACAUUUGGUCUGUGCUAAGUCAGUAUAACUAUGCCAUUGGGAUGGGUAGACUGCUCUCACAGAAACUGAGCAGUGGUAGAAGAGUGAGACACUUACUUCUUUAUGAGGCAAAACUUGGAAUACCAGCAAUACAAGCCUGAAAUACCAUUAUUGAUAUCUUCCAACUACAGUUUCAUUCUGAGCAUUAGUGAAGAGGAAGACAGGCUGAAGGCUUUGGACAAGUACCUCAGCACACGUAGUUAUAUCCAGGGGUUCACAUUUUCACAUGCAGAUGUGGAGGUAUUCAGACAGUUUUCGAGGCCACCAAUGGACCAGCAUUUCCAUGUUGUUCGGUGGUACAGGCACAUAGAAGCAAUCUGUGGUGACAGCAAUGAAAAGAUUGAAUCUUGUAAACUUCAAACAAGUAAAGGCAAACGUACGCAGCCCCAUUGGUCUUUGCCAGAAGGAACAAAACAGUCUAAACUCUGCCUCUACAACAGCCUCACUCGGAACAAGGAUGUAUUUCAGCCCCAAAAUGGCAAAAAAGUGACAUGGUAUUGCUGUGGCCCAACAGUAUAUGAUGCUUCUCACAUGGGACAUGCAAGGUCAUACAUCUCAUUUGAUAUCCUGAGAAGAGUGUUGAGGGAUUACUUUAAAUAUGAUGUGUUCUACUGUAUAAAUAUUACAGAUAUUGAUGAUAAGAUAAUCAAGAGAGCAAGACAAAAUUAUCUUUAUGAACAGUAUAGAGAAAAGAAGCUACCUGCAGUCCAGCUACUUGAGGAUGUUCAAAUUGCUUCAGAGCCUUUUUCAGCUAAGUUAAAUGACACCACUGACCCAGAUAAAAAGCAAAUGCUGGAAAGAAUUCAGAAUUCAGUGAAAUCUGCUGUGGAUCAUCUAGAAGAAGCUGUGCAAAAGAAACUUCCCGGAGAAGAAAUCAAGACAUAUACUGAGAAAUGCUUGGAAGAAGCAAAAGAUGUGCUGUCUGAGUGGCUAGAUAUCAAGUUUGGCAGUCAGGUGACUGACAACUCCAUAUUUUCUAGCCUCCCCAAAUUCUGGGAAAGGGAGUAUCAUAAAGAUAUGGAAGCCCUCAAUGUGUUACCUCCUGAUGUUUUAACUAGGGUCAGUGAAUAUGUACCGGAAAUUGUGGAAUUUGUUCAAAAAAUCGUAGAUAAUGGUUAUGGUUAUGUUUCAAAUGGGUCUGUCUACUUUGAUACAAUGAAGUUUGAUGCCACUGAGAAACACUCCUAUGCUAAGUUGGUUCCUGAAGCUGUAGGUGAUCAGAAAGCUCUUCAGGAGGGUGAAGGUGACCUGAGUAUCUCGGCUGAACGCUUGAGUGAGAAACGUUCACCAAAUGAUUUUGCUUUGUGGAAAUCCUCUAAACCAGGAGAGCCCUCCUGGGACUCUCCUUGGGGAAAGGGCCGUCCAGGUUGGCACAUUGAAUGUUCUGCUAUGGCUGGAUCCAUUCUGGGAGAGUCGAUGGACAUUCAUGGAGGGGGAUUUGAUCUUCGGUUCCCGCAUCAUGAUAAUGAAUUGGCACAGUCUGAGGCAUAUUUUGAAAAUGAUCACUGGGUACGAUAUUUUUUGCAUACUGGUCAUUUAACGAUUGCUGGCUGUAAAAUGUCUAAAUCUUUAAAAAACUUCAUUACUAUCAAAGAUGCACUGAAGAAACAUACAGCACGACAAUUACGGCUGGCUUUCCUGAUGCACUCUUGGAAGGAUACCCUGGAUUAUUCAAACAACACCAUGGAAUCAGCUAUUCAGUAUGAGAAGUUCCUGAAUGAGUUCUUUUUAAAUGUAAAGGAUAUCCUUCGGACUCCCACUGAUUUGACAGACCAGUUUCAAAAAUGGGAAUUUCUGGAAACAGAGUUGAAUAAAAGCUUUUACGACAAGAAGGCAGCAAUUCAUGAAGCGCUGUGUGACAACAUUGACACUCGCACUGUCUUGGAAGAAAUGCGAUCUUUAGUCAGUCAGAGUAACUCCUAUAUUGCUGCUAAGAAAACUGCCAGACAAAUGCCAAAUAGAUUGCUGCUAGAAAAUAUUAGCUCUUAUCUCUCUCAGAUGCUAAAGAUAUUUGGUGCCAUAGAAAGUGAUGAAGCUAUUGGAUUCCCUGUUGGAGGAAAUGGCCAAAACAUAAAUCUUGAGACUACAGUGAUGCCAUAUCUACAAGUGUUGUCUGAUUUCAGAGAAGGCGUGCGACAAAUUGCCAGAGAAAAGAAAGUAACUGAAGCACUGCAGUUGAGUGAUGCACUUCGAGAUGACAUUCUUCCUGAGCUUGGAGUUCGAUUUGAAGAUCAUGAAGGGCUAUCAACUGUGGUCAAAUUGGUGGACAGAGAAACUUUACUAAAAGAAAGAGAAGAAAAGAAAAAGAUUGAAGAGGAGAAAAAAAGAAAGAAAGAAGAGGCAGCUAGGAAAAAACAAGAACAGGAGGCAGCAAAACUAGCAAAGAUGAAGAUUCCACCACAAGCACUAUUUAAAUCAGAGCUUGAAAAAUACUCCAAGUUUGAUGAAAAUGGAUUUCCUACCCAUGAUGCAGAAGGCAAAGAACUCAGCAAAGGACAAGUGAAGAAACUGAAGAAACUUUAUGAAGCACAGGAAAAACUUUACAAAGAGUAUCUACAAAUGGUUCAGAAUGGAACUGCUAAUUGAGAGCAAAACCAGGACAGUCAUCUUUAAAAUAAAGACGAGAGCUGGAGCAGUAAAGAGCAUAUAUUGAUGCUCGUAUUGUGUUUACAUGUUCUACUGUGGACAAGCUAAAAAUACUCGUUUAUGUGGGUUAAUAUAUCAGCUAGUUUAGAAUGUCAAUAAAAUGUUAUUAUUAAAAAUAAAAA